AUGUUUACGGCGGGUUUUAUUUUGGCAGUUUUAGCAGUGAUAGCGUUUGGAACACUGAUUUUUACAUACCGUCUGUAUGAGUACUUGAUCGGCUGUCCAGAAGGGCCGCAGUCCAUGCGCGAUGUCGCGCGUCCGAUUCAAGAGGGUGCCUCCGGAUUUUUCAAGGUGCAGUAUUCGACGAUAGCUAGCAUAGCAGGUAUAUUCGCGCUUGUGAUCUAUUUUUUCGGCACAGGGGGUGCGGGCGGCACGACGCAAGCCUCACCUUUCUUCAACGCGGCAGCCUUUCUGCUUGGUGGCACGCUCUCGGCGCUCUCUGGUGUGCUGACAAUGUACUUGGCUGUUCGGGUGAACGUGCGUGUUGCAGCGGCUGCAAGUAGGUCCUAUGCUGAAGCGAUGAAGGUUUGUUUCCGAGGUGGCCUCUUCGGGGGUCUCCUCAUACUGAGCAACUGUUUGGUGGGCUUCAUCUUGCUCUACUGGUUCGCCCUUGUGACGGGGAUGGCGGCUGGCGACAUAACGCAGGUCCCUGUCCUGUUCGUGGGUUACGCUUUUGGAGCCUCCUUUGUGGCGCUCUUCGCACAGCUUGGGGGAGGCAUCUACACCAAGGCUGCGGAUGUCGGGGCCGAUAUGGUCGGCAAAGUUGACACAGGUAUUCCCGAGGACGAUCCGCGAAAUCCAGCCACCAUCGCUGAUUUGGUAGGCGAUAACGUCGGCGACGCUUCCGGGCGCUCCUGUGACCUGUUUGAGUCGAUCUCUGCGGAGCUAGUUGGAGCGAGCAUUCUCGGAGGCACGCUCGCGAGAACGGCGAACUUGUCCGGGGCUAGUCAAGCGGCGUACGUUCUGUUUCCGCUCUGCGUGCAUGCCGUCGGACUGGUAUGUAGCGCUCUCGGCGGCGUCACCGUUCGUGUGAGCAGCGGCGUUGCGAGAGACGAAGAGCGUUCUUUGCUGAGGACUGACGAUGCCUUCGAGACGAGGCUUGAAGAUCCAAUGUCGAUCAUGAAAAGAGGCUUUCGUGUGACGAUGGUGCUUGCAGCAAUUUCCAUUUGGGUACUAUGCUGGCUGCUUUUGCGCGUCGGAAAUGUGGCGCCAAGUGCCUGGUGGCACUACGCGCUCUGCGGGAUGAUUGGACUGGCAGUAUCCUAUCUUUACGUACUCAUAACGGAGUAUUAUACGGAUACCAAGUUUCGGCCUGUGCGCAGCAUUGCGGAAGCCUCAGAGUACGGUCACGGGACGAAUGUGAUACGAAUGCUCGCUGUUGGUCUCGAGUCGAGUGCGUUGCCUGCCAUCGUCGUUUCAGCUGCGAUUCUUGGUGCGUACUGGCUCGGUGCAACGUCUGGCAUGCCGGAUCGAAACGCGGCUGGAAUUUUCGGCACUGCUGUGGCCACCAUGGGCAUGCUGAGCUCCGCGGGAAUCGUUCUGGCAAUGGAUGUGUUCGGGCCCGUUGCUGAUAAUGCAGGUGGCAUCGCGGAGAUGAGCGGAGCGGACCCCAGCGUUCGUCGCAUAACCGAUCGGCUCGAUGCAGCGGGGAACAGCACCAAAGCUUUCACCAAGGGCUUCGCCGUCGGCUCCGCAGCGCUUGCGGGCUACUUGCUCUUCAGCUCCUUUAUGGAGGAAAUGAGUGCACAGCUGCCGGAAAAGAUGGUGUUCAAUUCGGUGGACCUGGCGAAGCCGGAGGUAUUUGUCGCUGGUCUCUUAGGUGCAGCAGUGGUGUUUCUGUUUUCGAGUCUGGCGAUGACUGCCGUUGGUCGCGCUGCACAGGGCGUCGUUGCGGAAGUUCGGCGGCAGUUUCGUGACCAUCCUGGCAUUAUGGCUGGCACUGAGAAGCCAGAGUAUGAGCGUUGUGUUGCGCUCGUUGCAGCGUCGGCGCUUCGUCAAAUGGUUUUGCCGGGACUCUUGCCGGUUCUUGCUCCUAUCAUGAUUGGGAUGCUCUUCCGCUUCAUAGGUAAUAUGACCGGACGCCCGUUGCUAGGACUUGAAUGCGCGGCGGGUCUCCUUAUGGUUGCCACAAUUGCUGGGAUACUUAUGGCGCUCUUUAUGAAUAAUGCUGGAGGUGCGGCUGAUAAUGCGAAAAAGUACAUCGAGGAUGGGCACUACGGCGGCAAGGGUAGCCAGGCACACAAGGCGAGUGUCACUGGAGACACGGUCGGCGAUCCGCUUAAGGACACAGCGGGACCGAGUCUGCACGUGCUGAUCAAGAUGUUAUCGACACUGACAAUGGUUUUCGGACCGGCAUUUGUGGGAAGUAUAGGUGCGUAG